GAGUUUUAAUUUAAGAAAAGAGUGACGUCAGUAGAAAAACUCCUCAGUAGAAUCUAUUCUCGUCCUUUAGUUUUCAGUCAACAAUGGAGUCAGUAAGACAUAUAACAAGAGUUAUCAAAACUCGCCAUGAAUCUCAUUUUCAAAUGAUGAGUGAAAAAAGGAAAGUAAAGAAAGUCAUUGGCCGUUCUAUAAGUCUCAAUUUCAAUACAUCUCCUAACAGUUUUGACGAUGGAAUUCCCCCAGCAACUCGCACAUUAUUGGAGAGUCCUGCAUCUGGUCUUUUGGUGCAAAGUUUCCCACAACGUCGUGAAUCUUUCCUUUACAGAUCUGAUCAUGAUGUUGAUCCAAAGUCCAGACAUUCUUCACAGGAAACAGAAGAACUCAUCGUGACACCAUUUGCCCAAAUUUUAGCAAGUUUAAAAGUAGUAAGAAACAACUAUAUUUCCAUUACUUCUGCAAAGAAUGAUUCGAAAAAAUCCCCUGAAAGUCCAGAAAAACAACCAAAACCUGUUCUUACGGAAGAAGAAAAAGAAAGGCUAGCUUCUGAAACUUUAGAGGAACUAGAUUGGUGCUUGGAACAACUAGAGACUAUACAAGCUCAUCGCUCUGUUGGUGAUAUGGCAUUUAGUAAAUUUAAGAAAAUGCUGAAUAAAGAACUAAGUCACUUUUCUUCCGAAUCCAAAUCUGGAAGCCAAAUAUCAGAUUAUAUUUGUAGUACGUUUUUAGGUAAAGAAAUCAAUGAUAAAAAACAAGAAUUUGAUCUUGAUACUCUUAAAGAAGAAGAUGAAGAAGGAACAGAAGAAAUAACCUUUGCACCAUUACCAAAAUCAAAAGGUCGAGCUGGUCAAGCGAUGUCUAGAAUUUCAGGAAUUAAGAAAACUGUUUGCCAUAGCAAUAGUUUUAGUAUAUUACCAAAAUAUGGUGUAGAUACUCCAAUGGAGGAAGAAUUAGGAUUGAUACUUGAAGAUACUGAAAGAUGGGGACUAGACAUAUUCAAAGUAGCUGAAUUUUCAAAUAGUCAUCCUCUUACAGCAGUUUCCUAUAAAAUAUUCAGGAACAGAGAGCUGUGUAAAACAUUUAAAAUUCCGUCAAAGACUCUGAUAAAUUUUUUAUUGAAUCUUGAAGAUCAUUACCUAAAAGUCCCUUACCACAAUAGUAGCCAUGCAGCUGAUGUUACUCAAUCUGUUAACGUCUUACUUCUAAUGCCUGCACUAGAGUCUGUGUUCACCGAUUUGGAGGUGUUAGCAAUUUUAUUUUCUGCCGCAAUCCAUGACGUUGAUCAUCCUGGAGUAACAAAUCAAUACCUAAUUAAUUCAAGUUCUGAAUUAGCUUUAAUGUAUAAUGAUGAAUCAGUUCUGGAAAAUCAUUCUUUAGCUGUAGCCUUUAAACUUCUUCAAGAUGAAGCGUGUAAUAUUUUUGCCACUUUGAAUAAAAAACAAUUGUUGAGUCUUCGAAAAAUGGCUAUUGAUAUGGUUUUAGCAACUGAUAUGUCAAAACACAUGAAUUUGCUGGCAGAUUUGAAAACCAUGGUGGAAACUAAAAAGGUUUCAGGAUCAGGAAUGGUACUUUUAGACAACUAUACAGAAAGAAUACAGGUUCUCCAAAAUAUGGUGCAUUGUGCAGACUUAAGUAAUCCAACUAAGCCUUUAGAUGUUUAUAAGCAAUGGGUUGAUCUCAUAAUGGAAGAAUUCUUUCAACAAGGUGAUAAAGAAAGAAGUCAAGGAAUGGAUAUAAGUCCAAUGUGUGAUAGACAUACAGCUACAAUUGAGAAAUCACAAGUUGGAUUCAUAGAUUAUAUUGUUCAUCCACUUUGGGAAACUUGGGGUGAUCUUGUUCAUCCAGAUGCUCAAGAUAUUCUAGAUACUCUAGAAGAAAAUCGAGACUGGUAUCAAAACAUGAUUCCUCUAAGCCCGUCAAGUAGUCGGCAAAAUGUUACGGAAGAACCUAUUAAAUUUCAAAUCACUUUAGAAGAACCAGAAGAGUCAUAAAACGCAACAUCAUUUGAAAUGAUCCUACCUUUUGAAGAUAAAGCCCGUCCUCAGUUUGUUUCUUUUUAACCAGUUAAGCAUUUUAACAAGCCCCGACAGGGUGCAGAAUUAAAAUCAAGCAACAUCAAACGCAGGAAAAAUGGUCCUAUUAUAAAUUUUACGUAAAGCCUACUACUAAGUUUUUUAACUGUUACAAUAUAUAUGAAGGACUGUUUUUUUUUUUUUUUACUCAAGACAAAAUAAAUAGUGAUGAAUAGUUUAAAAUUAAAAAUGGUAAGUCCUCACCAAAACCAGCUACCAAUUUACCUUGCUUCAAAAGAAAUAAAGAUAGUAGUAUUCAAUUCAAGAAUGGCUACCUCGUAGAGCCAGUAGUAUUGGUCCUGCUAAUUGUUUACGCAACCAAAUAACGGCUUAUUUCAAGCCCCGCUUUACAAUAUAAAAUAGUUAGCAGUGCUGUUAGUAAGAAAAUAUAUAGACAAUUAGUAUAUUUGAAACUUAGAGUUUUGAUAAUCAAUGGUAUUUUUUUAUUUCACACGAGGUGAAAUGCACUGGUCUGACAUGCUUAACUGGUUAAUGACUAUGACUCUUGUGUGAUGGAUGUUAGCUUUUUUUAAAAGCAUAAUCGUAUUCCAGCCAACUUGUUCCUUAAUCUAGUACCUAUAUUUUGUUAUGUUCUUGCCAUCUAUAAAUUAAUGAAUGCAUAACGGAAAACGUUAUUUUCUCUACACACAUUAGUAAGAAAGGAUAUUUUUUUAUUAAAUGUAAAAAUUAUUUUAAUACAGUGGAGAAAAUUAAUUUAUGGAAGGCAAAAAUAUUUAGAGCGUUUAUCGAAGGUUGUUAUUUAGACUUUCACACUAUACAAACUAGUCAGGCGUAUAUUUUGUCACACAUCAUUCUUAUAAUGAAGUGUAGCAAUCAAAAGCAUAUCAUAAUAUUUUGUAGGUCAAUAGAAUGUUUUGAUUAUUUAACAGGAACCACCAAAAUCAUAUUCAAGAGACUUUGUAUUGACUAAAAUACCAAUGUUUGGUUUUUGUGUGUUUAGUUUGGACAUUUGUGUGGCACAAUUUUAUGAAUUCUCCUCAUUUACAUGAUGUACAUAAUUGAACAUUCAUCUAUUUUGAGCUGUUUAUAUCUUUCAUCAGAAAAUUAUGAAAACAAAUUUAAUCUUGUAUAUUUAACAUCUUAGAAGAUGAAUUUUCACACUCUGCCAACGUUUUUCAAAGUCUUUUGAUCUCAUUAAUCUUUGCUUUUUGUUUAAUUUAUGCUCUUCAUAAUAGUCAAGUGUUACAAUCACUCUGAUAUAGAAUAGUUUGUGGAAGCACUUGUGUUCUGUUGACGUACAAAAUAAAUUUUGCUCUGCUACACAAUUAUGUGUUAGAAAAAGUAUAUUUAUCCAAGUGAGAUCUAUGUAUGCACUGUAGUUUUAGAACACAGAACUUUCAUAUCAAUAGAUUCGCCAUUUUCUUUCAAACAGCUAUUUUUAAAUAAAUAGAUUUCUAAUUAUGAAUUGAAAAUCAACUCGAUUUCCUUUAAACCACAAAUUUAUAGAAAAGGAAACUAUAUUUUUAAGAGUCUUUAGUAGUCGAUGUUCAAUAAAAUGUAUUAUUUACUCAGUAAAUAAAGUACUGAGCUGUCUACUAGGGUCUCGGCCUUAAGUCUACUCAAGUUAAGAAUGAUAAAUACCACCUUAUCUGAGAAAAAAAAAGGCAGAUAGAGCACAAUGCUACCAGCAUGUCGUUGGUCAUAAAAUCUUUGAGCCUUGAUCUCCAUGACCAGAAGGGCUGUUACAGAAAUGCUUUACUCAACAGUUUAAUAUUACUUUACUUCCUAGAAUAAGGAAUGUAAUUUAGUUUCAUAUAAAAUAGUAGGAUGGUCAUAUUUAAUAAAUUACCACUAUGAAUUUUCUUUUCAAAAACUUAAUUAUUUCAUAUUUAAAUAAAUAACACAAAAACUAAUAAAAAAAUUUCCAGAAAAAGUAUUUGCUGGAAGAGCAUAAUUAAAAUAUGAUAAAUAAAUGAUUAGUUAUGGUGGUCUAAAACAAUGAACAUUAGCAAUAGCAGUUAAAACUUGAGAAAAAUGCAUCACAUUAAAAAAAAUUUUAAUAAUGCCUAAACUCGGCCCCUACGUCAACCCUUGGGGGAUGACGCAUUUCAAAGUAUUAAAUUGGAACCCACAUUUUUAAUUGUAAAUUUCUCCUGAAGGCCUUAGAGGGUUAAAGUCACGUUUGGUGUUAUAAAUUUAUUCAAAAUACCAAAAAUAUCUAAUUUUUUUUAAGAUUUAUUUCUCAAAAUAUUUUCAUUUCGCAAUUACAGUGCCAUCUAUGAACCAAAAAGUAGAAUCCUAUAGAUCAAAUUGGGGUAAAUCCAAGUCUGUUACAAAAAUUCUAUUUAAGAUUUUGAAGAAAGCAGUGAAGAAAGAGGUCGAAAUUGAACUGCAUAAAGCCAAACACAGAUGGCAUUUCUUUUAUCGAUUCAUUGUCAUGCCAAAACCUAGGGUUGUAUUUGUCUAUUACGGAGAUAAUCCUUUACAGACUAUUGUUUUUCUUACUUUUCAACAUUUAGAAUGAUUUUGAGUUGAAUUUCAUAAAGAGAUAAUUCGAUGUUUAAACAAAUAAAUAGCUAAUAUGACGCUCAAAAAAUGUAUAAAUUGUAUUUAUUUACUGUUCAUAAUAUUUUAAAUUCAAUAGCCAUCUGAUUACUUACAUAAAAUUGGGAAAAGCGUAGCUGAAAAUUUGAUUCUAAUCUUAUUAAUAAAGCAAUGUCAAAGAACAGAAAAUUGUUUGUUUUUGAGAAUAAUUUCACAAGUGUAAUGAUGGCCGCCUUUUUGGGCACCUUAUUUCGAUGCAGUGAAGAAUUAAGCUCAUAAAUAAAUCUCAGUAGUAAAAUGGAAAUUAUUUACAAAACAUUAAUAUGUUAUUUUAGAUUGCUUUUCUUCUCACAAGUGCCAAAUUUGGUGCUUUUGCCAAAUGCUUUAGUAAUAUUGCAAUAGUGUGAAUGCUUCAAUUUCUGAACAAACAUUGUAAAAUGAAUAAAAAUGUCUCUUAUUGUUCUCGUUCAA